AUGAGCUCUCUCCGCUUUGCUCGCUCUGCCUUCAGGGCUCGUCCCUCCGCCUUCCGCGUUCCUCUUCAGCGCAGAGGUUACGCCGAGGCUGUGUCGGACAAGAUCAAGCUUUCCCUGACCCUUCCUCACCAGACUAUCUUCAAGUCGACCGGCGUUGUCCAGGUCAACAUCCCCGCCGAGUCCGGAGAGAUGGGUGUCCUCGCCAACCACGUUCCCUCCAUCGAGCAGCUCAAGCCCGGCCUCGUCGAGGUCGUUGAGGAGGGCGGUGCCAACAAGAAGUUCUUCCUACAGAACACAACUGACCAGGGGAAUGACCUCAUGAUUUUAGUGUCUGGUGGUUUCGCCGUCGUUCAGCCCGACUCUCAGCUGAGCAUCAACGCCGUCGAGGGAUUCCCUCUGGAGGAGUUCAGCGCCGACAACGUCAAGUCUCAGAUCACCGAGGCCCAGAAGAUUGCCAGCGGCAGCGGCAGCGAGCAGGAUAUUGCUGAGGCCAAGAUUGAGCUGGAGGUGUUGGAGAGCCUGCAAGCUGUCCUCAAAUAG